AUGAUCAUAAGACCAGCAGGAUUGUCAAGUAGUGAUGAGGACGAUGAUUACGACGGAUUUGGUUAUAUUAAUUUGCCAAGUCGUAAGACGAGUGGUAAUUCGACGUCUUACAAACGUAAUUUGGGAGAACCAUGGCAAACCGUUGACAAAAAAAUUUCUGUCAUGGAGCAGAUAAAAAAUUCUAUUCAAAGUGGAAACGUCGAAGAGUUGGCUAAUGUUUUAUCAUCCGAUGUUCCAGGACUUGAUAUAAAUGGUGAAUUUGAGUCAACGGCAUGGACGCCUCUUUUGUAUGCUGCAUCAUUGGGUAAUGCGGAAAUCGUUAGUGAAUUAUUAAUAAAUGGAGCAGAUCCAAAUAUUCAUAAAGAUUCAUAUACUCCGUUGAUGGCUGUAUGUUCAUGUGAAUUGGAAAGAGAUGAAAAUUUAGUACAAUGUGCGAGUGAUUUAAUUUCCUUUAAUGCUAAAGUGAAAGUGGCCGAUCGUUAUGGUAUGACUCCAUUAAUGUUUGCUGCGUUACAUGGUCACGAACAGCUUGUAUCACUUUUAAUGCCAUUAAGUGAUUUAGAAGCGGUGGAUACACAAAAAUGGACGGCUUUAUUUUUUGCUGUAAGUCGUGGUCAUAAAAAUGUUGUCGAACAAUUACUUUAUCCGGAUAUGGAUUUAUCGAAAACAGAUAUUCGUGGAAGUACUGUAAAAGAAUUAGCAAUCAAUAAAGGAUAUUUAGAUAUUGCAGAACUUGUUACAGAUCCCAAUGCACUUGAUUUGGUAACUUUAGAAGAUAUUGAAACGAAUACAGCAAUACCCGAAUGGGAAGAUAUGUUUCCAGGCAUAAAAGAUACAAAAAAUCUUCCUCCAUAUUUUGACGAUGUAAAAAGUUUUAUGUAUGGCAUUAAUCUACCACAAUUUAUUGAUUUAAUGUAUAGCCAUAAAAUUGGAUUUCCCACCUUGUUAACGAUUACAGACGGUCAAUUAGAAUGCAUGGGAAUUUUAUUGCCAUUUCAACGACGUCAAAUAUUACAUGGCUUAUACGAAUUUCAUGGUCAUCGCUGGAAUAAAAAAAGCCUUGGUGAAAUACCAAAAGAAUUGUUUAGUGUUUAUGAUGUUUUACAUAAUUUUGGCGCAUCAAAUAAACAUAUUUCUGUAAUGAAAUCAUCGAUACAAUUUUUACAUAUGCGUUUAAAUUAUAUGAAAAAUACAAAAAAUAUAAUGGCAGGAGGCGAUGAAAAAGAAAAUAUUCAAGGGUUACAUGAUAAUAAAACUGCAAUACUUAAAGAGCUUAAUGAUUUAAAAUAUCGUAUUGAAUCAAUUAAGUGCACCUUGCACAAAUUACGUAAUCGAAUGUCUAAGGUAAUUCAUUUUAUUUAUUCAUACAAUCAGAGGAGAGGAACAGAGGAGAAAAGUUAA